GUGGCUCUUUUCACAGCCAACAAAAAUAGACGGAAAAGUCCAAUAAAGGAGCUCGCAUCCAAUCCUCCAGCGUCGACCAUCGUUAAGACCACUUUUUUAUAUGUGUGUGUGGCGUCGCCGUUGCCCAGUUCAUCAUGCGAUUGUUGCUCAAGGAGCUGACGCGUUUCACUACGCAACAUCGCACAUUCUAUUGCUACAUGUUUCUCAGCCUGUGGAUCUUUCUGCUCAUCGCAGGCAUGUAUCGCUACAUGGGCAAUGCUGAGUAUUCUGGCAAUCUGGGCAACGGCGGCGGCAGCGGCGUCUAUGGCCCUGGCACGGGUUCCGCUCCCGCCAGCAGCAACACCGGCGGCGCUGCCUCCACAGCGGACUCCAGUGCAUCGCAGCGCUUUGCCAAGUAUCGCGAACGUUGUGCUCCUCUGGCGCAGCUAACGCGCUUGGAUGAUGGCGGCAUUCUGGAGGGUUGGAAGUUGCAGGGGGUGUUGUUGGUCAUUAGGCAUGGCGAUCGAGGUGCCAUGUCGCAUGUGCAUGCGCAGGGCAUCAAUUGUGGUGUGCCCGUCGAUGGCGACAGUCUGGUCAACAGAUAUCGCAGCUUUCUGCACAACUCCAGCAGUUCAGCAUCCGGCUCCAAUCACAUGUACUGGAACAAAGUUGGUCCCUUCCACGGCUUCCCGCUCCUGCCCGCCACAGAGCGCGGCUGUCCGCUGGGCCAGCUCACCUACAAAGGCAUUGCCCAGCUGCUGCAUGUGGGCGACAUUAUGCAUCAGAUAUACGCACAUCCUUUGGGACUGCUGCUGAAGCCAACGCAAGCACAGCGCUUGUCCCAACUGGGCACCACACCGCACACGCUGCUCAAUUCGGAUGAAGUGGUGGUGUUUACCACACGCUAUCGUCGCACCUUUCAAUCUGCCUUGGCGCUGCUCUUCGCUCUGCUGCCAGCGGACAAAUGGUUAGCGUUAAAUGUGCGUGAAUCCCAUAGCAUGGCUUUCUGUUUUGGGGACUGCAGCUGUGCGCAAUCUGUGGUGCUGCAACGUCGUCUAGCUUCUCUGGCGGAUCGCCAGCUGUUGCGUCGUCCCGAUGUACUUGCUGUAAUGCAAUGGAUUGGCGGCACUUUGCUGCAGCACACGCCCACCGAGGGCGGUAUCACGAAUCCUUUCGAAGUGGUCGAUGCCAUGUUGACGGUGCUCUGCCACGACGCGAAUUUACCCUGUCGGCGACGCAAUGGCAGCCAAACUGCGAGCACACAGCAUGCCCAGGAGCUGGUGGAUGUCAUCAACAUUGAUCAGGAUGAAACAUCCUCCAAUCUCUUAGCAGCAGCUGCGGAGCCCGCUCAACAGGAAGCGGAGGCAAUGCCUGAAACGGGCGAGACGGAGGCUUGUGUGGAGCCCGGUCAUGUGGAUGCGCUCAUGUCCUUUGCGGAUGAGCUGUCGCUACGCAGCGCUCGGCACACGUACUACAAACGGUCGGGACUGCUGCGCGCCUAUGGCAUGAUCCGGCACAUAGUUGGCUAUAUGCUCAAGAUGAUAUCGGGGGAUCGCACCAAGUUUGUGCUAUACUCGGGACACGAUUGCACGCUGCAGUAUCUGACAGCAGCCCUGGGCAUUGUGACGAAGCAGGGACAGACCAUCGCAUAUGCUUCCCGACUCGCCUUCGAGGUGUAUCGCAGUGAGGCGCAUACGGAUUAUUAUUUCCGGGUUGUUUACAAUGGACGCGAUGUCACCCAGCAGAUUGACUUCUGUGAGGGCGGCAAGAGUUUGCGUGUGACCCGCGAUAGUCGAGGCAACAAGGCCGAUCUGUGUCCCAUCGAGAAUAUCAUUCGUUUCCUGCACGAAGAUUACUUUGCGCCCCUCAAUGCCACCAACUUUAAGGAGGCGUGCGUCACGUCCGUUGGCAAUCCGCCCAAAGCAAACGAGUUCUAAGAUACACGGGUUCAUCUCUCAGCACUUUGAACUGUGAUACAAAAAAAUACUGUUAAGACAAACCCGCGACUAACUGACAAACUAAACUAAAACAUAUCAAUGCGCAAUCGCACACACACACAUUUUCUCUAUACACAUUAACAU